AUGUAUGAACGCUGCGUCGCUCACUCAUCCAUAAUUCAGAGUUUGUGUCUGAGAGCGAAUGAUCCAAGCAGCAGCGCGACAGUGAUGAGCCCCAGACAGGAAGUCAGCCACGAGGGGGGACUGCAGGACAUGUUCCAGCAAGUCCAGAGACAGGCGUAUAUUAGAGAUGAGUGCUGUCGCUCUCACAGUGAUGGUUUGGAGAGAGGGGUGUAUCCGUCAGCUGCCAGCCCGUCGGAGCGCUGUCAUGUUCCGGACUGGGACGUCAAUCACCGGGAGAGUAAAGGUUCACACGGCCUGUCCACCGUCAGAGACACUUUUUGA